UUCAGUCCACUGCAAAUAAAAAACAAACCAUUAAAGCCAAGAGAAUUACCGUUACUGAAAUAUAGAUUUAAAUCAAGCUAUAAAAAUGUAUAAACUUUCUAAAAUAUAUUUCUCAUCAAUAUCUCUCUCAGUAUAUCGAAUGAAUCUGUGCUGAAAAUGUUUGUGCACAGAUGUGAUCAUUGUGAAAUCCGUACACCAGUAAAACAGCCUGAAAAUAAUAAUAAUGAAAAUUCACCUAAUAACAUCUGCAGAAAGCGUCAAAAAACCCCGUUACAGGAUCAAAUUCCUCAUGGAAGCUCCCUACAUAAACCACAGUCUGGUUUUAGAAACAAUCGAAAAUCCUUUUUUUUUUAUUUCAUUCCGUGGAUAAUUAUCGAAAUUAGCUUUAUAAUAUUGCAAAGCAAACUUACAUUUCCGUUGAAAAUCCGUACAUAUUUUUGUAAAAAAAACGACUUAGCCGGUGUGAAUAGAAAAAAAAAAAAAGAAAUAAUAAUAACACGACGAAACCGAGCAGAAGAGCUUGUGAAAAUACAAACGGGUCAAAAAGGAAAAUGUCCACAAAAAGCGUAGAACAUGUUGAAAGAAGCACUUGGUUCCUUAUUAAGGCGAAGAUACAAUAUUUAUUCCCUGUCUCCUGGGAUGCUCCGCUCCGUCUAUUGUCCUCCCAUUCCUCAGUGCUGAUGCUUAAUUUUCAAAACUUCUAUAUUACCAAGGGACCUACGACAUCAGCCGAGAAAUACCCUGCAAGUACAAAAUCCGUGAGCCAGCCCCGUCCGUGCAGAGGGGAGACGCUCGCGUUCCGCCAGCUUUCUGCCGUUACCGAGAGCGCGCGAGGGGGGACUUUUCCAUUUCUAUCGCUUUUUGGGGAUUUUAAGGCAUUUUUUUUUAUUAUUAUUCGAUCGAGCCAGAGAGAGGAGGAGAGAAAAAAAACACGGGUUACUUUGGAGAAAGCACAAUGUCAGCGACCUUCCCCGGACUUGUCCACGACGCAGAGGUAGGCUCAUUUAUUUACUUAUAUUUAUGAAAUUACAGAAUGUGAGCAGUAGGAAAAUAUUUGGUUUUAAACUGAGUUACGGAGUCAUGUCGAGGUUUGCUCUCCGGAAAACUGGAAUAUAACGGAUUUAUUUUCUUCUUCUUUUUUUUUUUAAAAAAAGAAAAGAAAUAAUAUGCAUGUAGGGAGAAAUGAGUCGUGCAUCUGACUGGAGCUGCCGGUAAAAAAAACGGAGCUUUUUAUUAGUGUGUGGAAGCAAAUGAGGCUCGUGUGUGAGCCGAUAACAGUGUGAUUAGAACAUUUUAGGGCGGAACACUCUCCGCUGUGUCUCACUCUGCUUACCUCCCAUCCAGUAUGAGCGAGAGAGCUGGGACAGUAAAUUUGCCAGCAGCUCGGUAAUAAUAAUAAUAUAUAACAGCACGCCUUUUAAAACGCUGUAAGGAGAGUGACAGGCAUGCCAAAGGGAGGAGGAAAAAAAAAAUACCGAUGGCUCCUGUUGCCGUGCGCUCGUUCCCCUCCCGGGCGUGUGGAAAUGACAUCUCCUUCAGGUGGUUUAAAGUGGGGGUGAAAAAAAAAACGCUUUGAGUGUGUGAGUUGUGUUUUUGAGCGUGUUUGGGAAGGCAGAGAGAGGAGACACCGGCUGAUGCUAAAUGACACGGCUCAUAUAUUUCCCCGUUUCUUUAUUAUCUUGUAGAUACGUCACGACGGAUCAAACAGCUACAGGCUCAUGCAGCUCGGUUGUCUGGAGUCCGUGGCCAACUCCUCGGUCGCCUACUCCUCCUCCUCCCCGCUCACCUACCCGGCGCCGGCGGGGACGGAGUUCGCCUCGCCCUACUUCUCGGCCAACCACCAGUACACGCCCCUCCACCACCAGUCCUUCCACUACGAGUUCCAGCACUCCCACCCGGCCGUGGCCCCGGAGGCCUACGGGCUGAACUCUCUGCACUCGGGCCAAUACUACCAGCAGAUCCACCAUGGAGAGCCCGCCGACUUCAUCAACCUGCACAACGCUCGCUCGGCCCUCAAGUCCUCGUGCCUGGACGAGCAGCAACGGCGCGAGCUGGGCUGCCUCGACGCUUACCGGCGCCAUGACCUGUCGCUGAUGACGUCACACGGCUCCCAGGCCUACGGCGUCGGUAUGCAUCACCCGGACCAGAGGCUGCUGCCCGCCGCCGGCCUGGGCCUCCCUACGCCCGCGGCAGACGACCUGCAGGGCUCCGUGGAAGCGCAGUGUGGGCUCGUGCUGAACGGCCAAGGGGGCGUCAUCCGGAGAGGGGGAACGUGUGUGGUGAAUCCCACAGAUCUGUUCUGCUCGGUACCGGGUCGACUGUCGCUGCUCAGCUCCACCUCCAAGUACAAAGUCACCAUCGCUGAGGUGAAAAGAAGACUGUCCCCGCCAGAGUGCCUCAACGCCUCCCUACUGGGCGGAAUACUGCGCAGAGCAAAGUCUAAGAACGGAGGCCGGUGUCUUCGUGAGAAAUUAGACCGUCUAGGCCUCAACCUGCCGGCAGGACGGAGGAAAGCUGCCAACGUCACGCUGCUCACCUCCCUGGUGGAAGGUAAGGGAGUAAAAGGUUUUAUAAAAUUCUUCCAGGAAGUAUUCGUUUCAUGCUCUGAUGUAUUUAUAUUCAAUCCCUUUAGCGCUUGUCUCAUCAGUCUGUUUUUCUGCUGUUCGUGUGCAGGUGAGGCGCUCCACCUGGCGAGGGACUUCGGCUACACCUGUGAGACAGAGUUUCCCAGCAAGGCGGUGGGGGAACAUUUGGCGAGGCAGCACAGUGAGCCGAAAGAAACCAGCGCACGCAAGAAAAUGGUUCUGGCUACAAAGCAAAUCUGUAAGGAGUUCCAGGACUUGUUGAGCCAAGAUCGUUCUCCUCUGGGCUCCUCCAGACCGACCCCCAUCCUGGACCUGGACAUCCAGAGACACCUCACACACUUCAGUCUGAUCACUCACGGUUUCGGCACGCCGGCGGUCUGUGCAGCUCUCAGCACCUUCCAGACAGUCCUGAGCGAGAUGCUCAACUACCUGGACAAAAACACGAGCGGGAAAACAAGCGGACCCACCGACCAACAGAUCAACAACAGCUCGGAAAAGUCGCAGCUCCGGAAAACAGCCGAGCCCCAGAGCAAAGACGGGAAAACAGAAAAGACUGAGUAGCCCCCACCCAACUGGUCCCCGUGCCUUGGAGCGCUGCGUUUAGGAGUGUGUGUGUGUGUGUGUGUGUAUGUGUGUGUGUGUGUGUGUGUGUGUGAGGGAUUUGUUAUUUUAUAUGCAUUAAUUUGUCUUCUUCGGGACAAUUCAUAUUCAUGGUUAUUUAUUUAUCUUAUGUUGAAAUGUAACACUAAACCUGAGCUGUCCCAGACAAGACAUCCUGAUGUGUGUGAGCAGAAAUGACACAUCCUAUGUUAGUGCGUGUGUGUGUGUGUUUGUGCAUGUGUGUCCGUCAUAGCAAAGGAGGAGCCUCGCCAUGGAGACGGC